UUUCGAUUGAAACUAGAGGAUGGAACAGACGUGUGAGCAACUGAUCAACAAUUACUGUCGAGUUAUAUCGCAGGAAGCAAAAGAGCUGUAUUUGAGAGAAGAAGUCGACACCCUAGACGCCAACAAGGAGUCUUUAACGGCCCUCCAAUUUCAUCAAAAAUACGUAUCAAAGAAUUUACCGCUAUUGAUAAAGAAUGGUGUGUUUAAUUGGCCAGCCGUGGGAACAUGGGGCGUCGAUUAUUUUCGGAGGAAAAUUCCUGAAAAAAAAAUUACAGUGGCAGUCACUCCAACUGGAUAUGCCGAUGCAAUUGCACGUAACGAGGAAGACGAUGAAGAGUACUUCGUGAUGCCGGAGGAGAGGGAGAUGACCAUGUCAGAAUUUCUCGAUAAUUUGACAACCCCCAGGGACGAUGAAGUACUUUACAUUCAGAAGCAGAACUCGAAUUUUCAGGAGGAAUUCCACGAGCUGUGGAGAGAUGUUCAAGAGCCGAAAUGCAUUUCCGAGGCCUUUGGCAAAAAUCCCGAUGCCAUUAAUUUCUGGAUGGGGGAUAAACGAGCCGUUACGUCUAUGCAUAAAGAUCCAUACGAAAAUAUUUAUUGUGUCGUAUCUGGAGAGAAAGAGUUUAUCCUGCACCCUCCGACAGAUUUGCCUUGGAUUCCGUACAGAAAGUAUCCUUCAGCAGUUUAUAAAAGAGACAAAUCUUCUUGGAAAAUUCAGUCAGUCCCUCAAAACCAUUCAGACGACUCCAGCGGAGGAGACUAUAUUCCUUGGAUCACCGUCGAUCCCCUGAAGCCAGAUUAUGUGAGGUACCCGAUGUAUAAGAAUGCGACUACAGUCAAAGUGUCAGUUCAGGCUGGGGAUGUCCUCUACCUUCCUUCAUUAUGGUUCCACCACGUUCAACAAUCCCAAGCCUGCAUAGCCAUCAACUUCUGGUAUGAUAUGGAGUACGAUCUAAAAUAUGUGUACUUCAAGGGCUUAGAAUUGCUUACGCAAUGAAGUAGAAAAUCAAUUUAAAUUCAAAACAAGAUUCUCCAUUCAUAAAAAACAUUUACCAAUACAAAAAAUAACGGAAGAAUGCAAACGAGAUAUUCAUUGCAAUUUUACUAAUGUCCAUCACUGUCUGAAAAUACAUCACAUUAUUAGUGUUCUAUAGAAUAUUAAAUAAUUAUGUUGUAUGAAUUAUAUUACGGUGUCAGCGAACGCGUGGUGGUGAUAGUUGCAUAUAGUUGAAUUUUCCGAAUUCGCUUCCCCUGCAAUCAACAUCUGCCACUAGCUAGUUUUAAUUAAAAACUUACGUGUGAUUGUAGCGAUAAUAGUUAUGUAAAUAAAAGAAUUCUAAAGGUCUGGGGCUAGUCUCAUUUCAAAAUAUAG